AUGAGUAAAAUAAUUAGAUUAUCAAACUUUCAAACUGCUUCAAGAUGUUGGUUACCAACUAACAAUAUUAUUAGAUCAAACAACAUAAGAUUAUUAUCAUCCAAUCAAAGGUAUAUCAAUUUAAACCAACACAGUUUAAGUGAUAUAAAUUUAAUCAGCAAUGAUGAAAUUUUAAACUAUCAAGAAUUGAAUAACACUACCAACACUAUCAUCAAGAACGACGAAGAAAUGAAUUUCGAACCAACGAUCUUUUCUAACGAUGAUGUUUUUACUGCUGGUCCAGUUAAUAAACACUAA